GGCGGUGCCGCGGCCCGCGCGGCCCUGGGGAUGGGCGGAGCCCCAGCCGCCUGUGCUGGUGGCCACCGCCGCUGCCGGAGCCUGAGCGACCGCGUCUCUUCCCGCGCGUUGCUGCUUCCCAGGGCGGUGGUAUGCUGGGGAAAGGGGUAGUCGGCGGUGGCGGCGGCACCAAGGCGCCCAAGCCCUCUUUCGUGUCGUACGUGCGCCCCGAGGAAAUUCACACAAACGAAAAAGAAGUAACAGAGAAGGAAGUAACCCUUCACUUGUUGCCAGGUGAGCAGCUGCUUUGCGAAGCCAGCACAGUCCUGAAGUAUGUCCAGGAAGAUUCUUGUCAGCGUGGGAUCUGUGGGAAACUUGUCUGCACAGACUUCAAGAUUGCUUUCUUGGGCGAUGAUGAAUCUGCAUUGGAUAAUGAUGAGACCCAAUUUAAGAAUAAGGUUAUAGGAGAAAACGACAUUACACUCCAUUGUGUCGAUCAGAUUUAUGGAGUAUUUGAUGAGAAAAAAAAAACUCUCUUUGGACAACUGAAGAAAUACCCCGAGAAACUCAUCAUCCACUGCAAAGACCUCCGGGUAUUCCACUUUUGUCUGAGGUACACAAAAGAAGAGGAAGUCAAAAGGAUUGUCAGUGGCAUAAUUCAUCAUACCCUGGCUCCUAAACUGCUUAAACGGUUGUUUCUGUUUUCCUAUGCAACUGCUGUACAAAACAAUACAGCCACCAAUCCCAAGAAGCAUACCAUCAUGUUCGACACGCUUGAGGACUGGUGCUGGGAAUUAGAGAGGACCAAAGGCAACGCGAAGUACAGAGCAGUGAGUGUCAACGAAGGCUACAGAGUCUGUGAGAGGUUGCCAGCGUACUUUGUCGUCCCCACCCCUCUUCCUGAAGAGAAUGUGCCACGCUUUCAGGGUCAUGGCAUACCAAUAUGGUGUUGGUCCUGCCACAAUGGAUGUGCCCUUUUGAAAAUGUCAGCACUACCCAAAGAACAGGAUGAUAGUAUUUUACAAGUCCAAAAGAGCUUCUUGGAUGGAAUUUACAGGAUCAUCCACAGACCACCCUAUGAACUUGUCAAAACUGAAGACCUUUCAAGCAACUUCGUAUCCCUGCAGGACAUCCAGACUGCAUACUCUAAAUUUAAACAGCUGUUUCUGAUAGAUAACAGUACCGAAUUUUGGGACACAGAUAUAAAAUGGUUUUCUCUCUUGGAAAGUAGCAGCUGGCUUGACAUAAUCAGACGUUGCCUGAAAAAAGCAAUAGAGAUUAUAGAAUGUCUGGAAGCACAAAACAUGAAUGUUCUUCUUUUAGAGGAGAACGCAUCCGACCUCUGCUGCCUCAUUUCCUCUCUGGUGCAAGUGAUGAUGGAUCCCCACUGUAGAACCAGGGUUGGCUUCCAGAGCCUCGUCCAGAAGGAGUGGAUCAUGGGCGGGCACUGUUUCCUGGAUCGCUGCAACCAUCUGCGUCAGAGUGACAAGGAGGAGGUUCCUGUGUUCCUGCUUUUCUUAGAUUGUGUCUGGCAGCUGGUGCACCAGCAUCCCCCGGCAUUCGAAUUCACGGAGACUUACCUGACUGUUUUGUCAGAUAGCCUAUACAUACCUAUUUUUAGCACCUUCUUCUUCAAUUCGCCUCAUCAAAAAGAUACUAACAUGGGCAGGGAAAGCCAGGAGACACAGAGCAAGCCUUUGAAUCUGCUCACCGUUUGGGACUGGUCUGUGCAGUUUGAACCCAAAGCCCAGAUGUUGCUCAGAAACCCUCUUUAUGUGGAAAAGCCCAAACUGGACAAAGGCCAGCGGAAAGGACAUCAACGACAGCUUUCUUUGCCACUGACCCAAUCUAAGUCAUCUCCCAAAAGAGGAUUUUUCAGGGAAGAAACAGAUCAUUUAAUUAAAAACCUUCUGGGCAAGAGAAUUAGCAAACUAAUUAAUUCUUCCGAUGAACUUCAAGACAACUUUCGAGAGUUCUAUGACAGUUGGCACAGCAAGCCCACUGACCACCAUGGUCUGUUGUUGCCCCACAUCGAGGGGCCAGAAAUCAAAGUCUGGGCUCAGCGUUACUUGCGUUGGAUUCCAGAAGCCCAAAUCCUGGGUGGUGGCACAGUGGCCACCAUGAGCAAACUCUUGGAAAUGAUGGAGGAAGUACAGAGCUUACAAGAGAAAAUCGACGAGCGACACCACCGCCAGGAGGCCCUCCAGGUAGAGGCGCCCUCCCUGCUGAGGAACUCCGUCCGCCUGUCCUCUUUGUUUCCUUUUGCUUUGCUGCAGCGACAUUCCUCUAAACCUGUCUUGCCCACCAGCGGCUGGAAAGCUUUGGGAGAUGAAGAAGAUCUGGCCAAACGAGAAGAUGAGUUUGUGGAUCUAGGGGAUGUAUGACUUGUCCACUAAUUGUGAAAAAGGAAUUUUGAAGACUGGGACAGGGGUCAAACUCAUUGACCUAAAGAUUGGCCUGUCAUACUGAAGCUUACUGCUGGGAGGGAGGGCCAUUAGCCCAUGCUCUGUAGGAGGAACCUGGGCCUUCAGGAAAGAGCUGGUUCUCAUUUUUUUUUUUUUCAUGGUCCCAAAGACUAUGCAAUUAAAACCAUAUCUCUAGUAUUAAUUGAAAGGAAUUACUACUUGACCCGUAAUAGAAUUGCCACUGUUAUCUGAUGCAUAAGUAUUAUACAGAAUCUGCAGUAGCUGGUUUACUACUAAAAAGAGUUUUGGUAAGAUAUUCGUGGACUCGAUCUUUUCUUCAGAUCCUUUCUGUGCCAAGAUAAUUUAUCCAGUCAUUGCGAAUAGUCAGUGUCUCUCUAACCCACUUCAGUUUGGAGCAAGUUUAGCUUUAUGUGAUGUGUGUGUGACGUAUUGAAAGGUUCAGAUAGAGGUGUUGAGAUGUAUGGCAUUCACUUAAACCAUAGCACUUUGCCUUUCUACGUUCUCUUGCCUGUAGAAAAGCUAGAGAAAUUCCACCUGCGUCACCCAUCCUGACGUUUCAGACCAUCCUCCCUCCUGCAGAGACCGUGUCACUUAGUGUGGGGUGGUCUAGCCAACCACACUACGCUUUUUUGCAUGCUUUGGCCUCCAGGUCUCUCUCUGCCUGCUUCAUACCACUUGCCACCGUCCCUCCGUGCUGCCCGCCUUGGCGCACAUAAUCCCAGGAUCUUGCUGCUAAACCUGUCGGUUAAACCGGGGGACUCCCUUUGGUCUGCCCUGAGGAGCGUCGUUCUGGAGGCUCUCAGUGUGUUUGCAAGUAACUGCUUUGCCUUUUUCUAGUAGCGUGCCGAGGCCUCGGAGCAUCUGAGACGGUGACCCCCUGCUGCCAGCCAUCACAUGGUUUCCCUGCAUUUUCUGUCACCUGACAGACUGACCAAGAUCACUUUUGAACGUGGCUUUCUUAGGGAAGCAGUUACGCAUAAAUAUCAGAAUGGAUGGUUAUCAUAUAGUACCUCAGAGAUUUAAAAAGCCAUAGAAUAAACUUGACUAUGCCUGGUAACCUUCUUGGGUCUGCUGUCGAAGUAAAUGAUCUAUAUUUUUAAAUAGAAGAAAGUACACUUUGUAAGGACCAUUUUUUUUUUCAUUCUCAAUGGAAUCCUGUUAAAUCCUACAAAAAGAAGGGAUUGAAAACAAUCUAAUAUUAGAAUGUUUCAAAUCGAAUGUUUGCCUUUUAUAUACAUUUACUCUCCAGUAUAGAUCCCAAUUUGAAUAUUACAUGUGUAGAAACAUUUUCAGUUGCUCAAGGGCACUAAGAAAUGUUGAAACGUUGACAAAGAAUAUUCUCUGUUUGCACUGAAUCUUCCUAUGUACGAGAGAUUGCUUUGCUGUUCUCCCAUUCCAUGUUGAUGCAUGAGCCAGGCUGGUCUGUUAAGCUAACCAGAGAGUGAGGGGAGGGCAGGAUUCAUGCAUUGGGGGCCACACACAUGUCCAGUCUCGGUUGCCUUAAGAGUCUCACAAGGGAGGUCUUUGUUAGGCUUGCAAUAGGGAUUUUUAAAAAUACACUAGCUCAUUAGCUACCUUCACAUAUGUUCUGUGGGCCUUCUUAAACUAGCACUAACCUCCACUUACUUCUCCGCCCUCAAAUUGCCUCCCAAAUACACUAUGAGCUAACUAUUUUUGUUACUGUAUUAUAACAUGAAUAUUUAUACAGUAGCCUCUUCAGUCUUAGGAUCUUAGUAAUUUUCAUUCCAGAAAUGCCUGGUAUGAUGCUUUCCACUCUACAAAGUAUGAUUUAAAGGCACAAGGUCAUGACCCAUGUCAUAGCAGUUGAAUGUGCAUUGAAAUAUUUUUCUAUGAUUUUUUUAAAAAAUUACAAUAGAAAAAUAAGCUGUUAUAACAUGAGAGGUCAUGACAAUUUAUGUAUUUAUAUUUGAAAUCAGAUUUCUAUAACCUUGUAUUUGUGUACAGGAUUCUCAGUGGGUUUAUAUAUUGUGACAUUUUUAUUCGAGAUUGAAAUGUGGAUUAUGCUUAAUGGUAAAAACCGAAAUGAGACCAUUUGUUUAAAAUGCUGCACUGUGCAAGUUUAGAAAUGGACAUUAAUUUACUGUAUAUAAUAUCUUGAGUUUGUUUAUACCUCCAAGUUUUUACACUGAAGAUAAAUUAGCUUUACAUUCAAAAGUUUUUUUUUUUUUAAAGGGAAUAAGCUGUUAGGCUAAAUCUGUAUAAGUGUGCUUUUUUCUGGAUGUACAAUGAAAGUUUAUACUUGUAUCUCACUGCAUCAUAUCUGAUUGCAGAAAUUAAAGCACAAUUUACAAACAA